AUGAAGGAUGCAUUCGUAGAAACUGUUAAUUUAAUAACCCCUGAGGCAGCAGUAAUUGCUGUUGAUUACGGGACAAACUGGUUUAAAGUUGGCCUUGUUAAACCAGGAAUACCUCUUGAUAUUGUGUUAAAUAGGGACUCGAAACGAAAAACUCCUGAAUUGGAUACACAAUUAACGGGAAUAAGCAACUUUUAUGGCUCCUCAAAAGGAGAAGGUGCACGGUUUCCAUUUAAUACUUACUUUAGUCUCAAACAAAUUAUCGGACGUCUGGCCGACGAUAAAUACGCACAAGCAUAUCAGUCAGUUUUUCCUAACAAGAUUAUACCAGAUCCUUUAAGAGGAACUAUAUUAUUUCAGCAUAAUGAAACCACAGUCUUUUCCAUAGAGGAACUUCUCGCGAUGCAACUUUCUCACGCCAGAGAAUUAGCUGAAACUACUGCUCAGGAAACUAUCAAGGAUGUUGUUAUUACGGUGCCACCUUAUUAUAACCAAUUCGAAAGACAAGCUAUCUUAGACGCUGCAAAUAUUGCUGGUUUACAUGUUCUUUCUCUAAUCAAUGAAGAAACUGCUGUGGGGCUAAAUUACGCGAUCACACAUUUUUCAUCAUUUACUGAAGAGCCCCAAUAUCAUAUAUUUUAUGAUAUGGGUGCUGGUAGCACAAAGGCGAGCUUGAUAAGUUUUAAGACGGUUGAAGUGAAAGAUGUAGGUCGUUUCAACAAGACAGUUAUCAAUUUGGACGUGAUUUCGGUUGGAUACGAUAGGGCUCUUGGUGGACAAGAAAUUGAUAUUCGUCUUCGAUCAUAUUUCGCUGAACAUUUUGAUAAAACUUUCGAAGGAAAAUUAAAAGAAUCUAUUUUCAAAUCUCCACGAGCCAUGACAAGGCUACUAAAAGAAGCUAAUAGGGUGAAGCAAAUUCUUAGUGCAAAUACAGAAACCUUGGCAUCAUUGGAAAAUUUACACGAAGAACGCGAUUUCCGUCUUACUAUAACUCGAUCUGAACUUGAAGCAAUGAUAGUUGAUCUUAUAAAACGUGUCAAUGGGCCGAUUCAAGAUGUGUUGAAUAAUGCAAAAAUGACUUUGGCUGAUAUUCAUUCUUGUGUAUUGGUUGGUGGCGGAGUCCGAGUACCAGCUAUUCAAUCUAUGAUUAAAGAGACUGUUGGAGAGGAUAAGAUAGCUCAAAAUGUGAACGGAGCGGCUUUUAGAGGUGCCGGAUUAAGUCGUCAAUUCAAAGUUAAAGAAAUUAGAGUCAAAGACAUUGCUUCGUACCCUAUUAAAGUUGAUUAUGAAUCUGAACUAAAAGAGUCUGAUGACGGAACUAUGAAAAACAAAGUCUUUCGUACAAUAUUGUUUGAUGAAUUUACAUCAGUUGGAACUCGUAAAAUAAUGAGUUUUAAACGCACAAGUGAUUUUAAUUUCUCAUUAAAUUACAAAUUAAAUGAAAAUAUGUUGAAGGAUUUUGGACCAACAGAUAUUGCUAUUGCUAAGGUUACGGGAUUAUCCGAGGUCGUAAAGAAAUAUAGUGAUAAUGAUGCAGAACGACCUAAAGUAAAGGUUACCUUGCAGCUAUCGGAUUCUGGCCUUAUGUCUGUAAUUGAUGCCGGUGCAACGAUUGAGCAUCAGACAAUUUCAGAUAAGAUAAGGACAUUCUUUGGUGUCAAUAAUAAAUCAGACGAAGCACUUAAAGAAGUACCGUUUUCUGAUGAACCUGCACCUUCGGAUAAUGCAUCACAACCCAUUCCGGAGGAAAACAAUACACAGAUCAACGAUACUGAACCAAUUCAGAAAAAAGUUGAGACAAUUCCACUGAAUCUCGAGGUUGAAUAUGUUGGCAUAACGCCUAUGGGAAUUAAUGAGAAAAAUGCAGCCAUUAAAAGGUUACACGCUAUGGAUGAGACUGAUCGCCGGCGCCAAGCACGUGAAGAAGCCAGGAACAAUCUUGAAUCUUUUGUUUAUAAUGUGCAAGACUUUUUAUCUGAUCAAAUUGUAAUUAAAGUGAGUACCGAAAAGCAACGAAAAGAAUUAGCUGCAAAAUCGGCCGAAACAUCUGAAUGGCUGUACGAAGAAGGUGAAGAAGCCCCAAUAGAAUCCUUGCGAACGCGUCUUGAUGACCUAAGGCUACUUGAGAAACCAAUUACAUAUAGGCGUGAUGAACACACUCGACGUCCUGAAGCAGUCAGCGCGAUUCAAUCUGUCAUAAAUAAUACCCGAGGCUUUGUAGAACAAAUUAAAGUGAAUACAACUAUCGAACGGUAUCAUACGGAUGAAGAGCUUGAUAAAUUAUUGAAUGUUUGUAAUAAGGCGGAUAAGUGGCUUGAUGAAAAACUGACAGAGCAAGAUAAAAUUGCGCUUCACGUCGAUCCUGUUUUAACUACAGCAGACAUCGAAAGAAUGUUACGGGAGAUAGAACGCGAAUUUUUAAUUGUAGCUACAAAGAAGCCACCGAAGAAAAAAACAACAGCACCAGUAACUAGCGCUAGCGAAAGUACUAAUAACGUUAAUAACACCAGUACUAGUAAUGUUAAUAAUACCGAUUCUGAACAAAAGUCAACUACAACUCGCAUUGAUAAAGAAACCCCAGUUAAACAUGAUGAAUUGUAA